CUUACUAGUAUGACAGUUCAGAUUCAAGUUGUUCAAUUAACACUCCCUUUGUUUAUCGGCACGAUUGUAAACUGGCUCUUGUUUGGAGUUCUCUUGGUGCAAGUCUAUAUAUACUACGCAGCAUUCCCCCACGACCCACGAUGGGCCAAGCUCGGUGUCGCCGCCGUCAUACUCCUCGAAAUCCUCGAAACGGUGGCAGACUUGCGUGAAAUGGUUAACACGUUCGGCUUACGGUGGGGCGACCUCGAAGCGCUCGACGAAAUUGGAAUGUCUUGGUUUGCGGUGCCCGUCUUGGGGCCAGUCAUUGCGUCCAUCGGGCAAUUCGUAUUCGGCUGGAGAAUACACCUCAUCGGACAAACAAUAUACCUUCCUAUUCUGAUUUGCUUUACCUCAGUAGUUCAGCUCGGCGCUGGAGUAUGGACAGGGGUGAACAUCGCGAAGGCCGGCCGAUUCUCCUUAUUGCAAAACACGAAUGUCCCCGCCACGUCCCUCUGGCUUGCGUCGACCUCCCUCUGCGACGUGCUGAUCCUCGCCGGGAUGGUCUACUAUCUCUCCAAGGCCCGUCAACGCGAGUUCACCCGCAUGAACUCGGCUAUCUCGCGGAUCUUAUUCCUUACCGUCGAAACCGGGGCACUAUGCACCAUCGUCGUCCUUGUCGACUUGUACCUCUUCCUCGCCUUCAAAGGCACCAACCUGCAUCUCUCGUUAUGCAUCGAGCUCUCCAAGAUUUACUCGAACAGUAUACUACUUAUAUUCAACUCCCGCGCAACGAUCAGCUAUCGCGUCAUCCAGCCUGAGGACGUGAAUAUCUCGGUCGCGGUUGACAAGACGGUGACGUCAAUUCGAUUCGCGCGUCCAAGCCUAGCGACUGCCAGUGGCACGACCAGUGCGACUGAUCACGGCGAGCUGGAUUCGUCGCAAUCGCACGACGAGACCAAAAAAAUUCAUGAUACUAUUGUCUAG